UAAGCGCGAUUUUUAUUAAAAUAUUUUUUUGAUAAUAUACAUUUACGACUGUGAAAAAUGGGUAGUUUAUAUAAUAUAUCGUUAGUGCCUCAAGAUAUGCGUCGUGAAGAUACAAUUAUCCAAAUUGCUGAUACAUUAGAAUAUUUGGAGAAUAUUGUUGAUGGAAUAUUCAGUCGAAUUGAAGUCAAAAUCAACGAAAAUAAGCAACGUGUUGAUGCAUUAUCAAAACGAAUAAGUGUAGCUCAAAAUAGGGUGACAAUUUUAUCAAAUACCAAAAAAGCAACAGCUGUAUUUUCAUGUACAAAAUAUCCAGCUGGUGAUCAGAAUCAAACAUUCCCAGUAACAUUUUCAACAUCUUGUAAAACCAAGCUAAAACCAGUGAAAUCAACACGAUUUUUACAAAAGCAUAGUUCAAAACCAACUCGAAAUACGAUCGAACGUAAUCCAGUGGAAAAAUUACAUUUUUUCCAUGUCAAAGUUAACGAACAGCCAAAACGUGAUGCUGAUAAAAAAAUGCAACCAAUUCCGAAUAAAGUAUCAUCGAUAUGUGAUUUGUUGUUCUUUAAUUCACCAAAAAAUCCGUACUAUGUGCAGUUAAAUCCGUAUUAUCAGCAAAAACAGAAGGCGUUAUUUGAUAUUAAAAAACAAGAAGGUAAUAAUUGGGCGAAUAUGGAUGCACCACCUCAAUCGAUAGCGUCUCGAGAAACGUUAAUGCGACCACAGGAUAAGAACUAUUUUUAUUCACCGGAUUUAGGAGAUGUACCCACAAUUGAUGUACCAAUCGAUUUACCCGAUUUGCCGGGAAUCGCAGACGGUUUACGAUAUAACCUCGAAUCUGGGCCAGCAAUUGCACCCUCGGUUAUAACAUCCCCAGUGUUGCCGGAUUUACCGCUAGUGGAAGAACAUCCACCUCCAGUUCCGGAUGUUUUAAUCAAUUCAGUUACCGUUACAGAACCAAAAAUUCCACCCCCUCCUCCAAUGAUUUCUCCAACGGUUAUUGAUGCACCUAAACCACCACCUCCUCCUCCUCCGCCAAUACCGGCUCCAGAACCUCCAGAACCUGAGGAAGAGAAAACAAUGGCAAGUGAAACAAAAGCUGCGCCUCCUCCGCCAGUAGCAAAUGAAAUGAGGGCAAGUUUAAUGGAAGCGAUCCGCGCGGCUGGGGGUGCAAAGAAAUUAAAACCAAGAUCAACAACAAGUAAACCGCCACCAGAGAAAAAAUCUGCCCCACCAUCCACAGGAAAUCUAAUGGAUGAUUUACAUGCGAAAUUAUCGAUGCGUCGAAAAGGUAUUUCUGGAUCGAAGAAUGUUAAUAAUGACGUUGGAAGUGGUAAUCCAAUGAAUACUGCUCUUAAUCGAUUAUCGGCCAUGAUUCCACCUCCGCCAAAAGUUUCUGGGGAUGCACCGGAUACAUCGAAUACUGAAAACGAAGAUGACUGGGACGAUUGAAAUAUUUUUGGUUGGUUCUUUAAUUUUUCAAUGUUUAUAUGAUUUUAAAGUUUUUAUAAUCUAAGGGUAUGUUGUCAUGCAACAAUAAAUCGUUGCAAUGUUACUCCGUUUAUGCUAUUUUUCGGAUAUUUUUAUCGUUGAAGCCAAUCACGACUUAGAUUUUUCGGAGCAUGUUGAUUUUUCGACCAAAUCUCGAGAAUUGUGGCUGCUUACGAAUUUUCAAUUUUUCUGAAUUUCAAAGAUCUACAAGAGGCGAAUAUGGCGCUAUAACGAAUAUUUAUCGAAUUACAGAUGCGUAAAUCUGGCAAAAAUUAGCCUUUUAUCUACUCUCGAACAUACUUCUGUUUUCUACGUUUGUGUGUCGGAAACGACACAUACUUUUUUGAUACCUUUUCCGAAAAAUGGGGGCAAAUUUUAAGAUAAUAGGAAUACAUUCUGAUAUGCAGUUUGUUUGCAGGAUAACUUUGUUCUCUUGUGAUUUUUCUAAACCCAAAUAUUCGAUUAGUUGAGUAGACAAGUAAUUACACGCGAAGUUUAAUUUAAGUUUCCCGAAAACAGCAAAUUUGUCAAAAACUAUUUAUUUUAAGGUAAUUUGGUACCCAAAUCACUUAGUCAAAUUCGCAAUUAUUUUUGAA